AUGGCUGAUGCAUCGAUUCCCAUCCCUGUUGUACUCCCAAAGCCGCGUCAAGUAGACAGUUUCGGUCAGCAGCAAUGGCAAACUCUAUUUGCGCUGCUCGACGCCAUCACGCCCUCAAUUGCUGUCGAGUCUGAGGUUACGGAUAGCAAGAACCAGCUGCGUAUUACGGAAGCCCAAUGUCUAGAAGUAUACGAGCAUACCAAGCGGAAUUUAAGCAACCCGCCCGACUACGAGAAAUUCAAGGCAUAUCUCCGCUCGCGGCCGGUAAUCUCAUCUGAAUAUAUUCAAUACACGAAACGGUUUGUCGGGCACCUUCCCAAAUCCGCCCAGAAAGAGCUAAGCCGACUUUUGACGGUACUGAAUACUCAAUUGGGUAGUCUUCUAGCAACGGGCUACCGUUUCCCCUUGAAAGACCAGCCUGUCCAUGUGCGAGAAGCUAUUUUCCAGUCAUGGAGUCGCGCCUGGCUGAGUAUAUUUCCUCAAAUGGCCAGUCCUUUUAUGAUAUUAGGAAAACUGGCGUUCACACAGUUUGACCCCCUCUUCCGGGAACUCAAUGAUUAUACCGACUUUUCGGAUGAUUACAAACCGGGUCCUUCGUUCGACUACAAGUUUAUGCAGUUCUCUACCGGCGAUGAGCCCGUCGUACUAGACGUAGACGUCGUCAUCGUUGGUUCAGGUUGUGGUGGAGGCGUAUGUGCUAAAAACCUUGCCGAAGCCGGCUACGAUGUUCUGGUCGUUGACAAGGGCUAUUACUUCCCCCCAUCGCAACUCCCUAUGGCCGCCGAAGCGGCGAACGAAUUUCUGUUCGAGGGCCAUGCCCCAGUUCAGACAGAUGACCGCUGUAUGAGCAUCAUAUCUGGUAGCACCUGGGGUGGUGGUGGUACUAUAAAUUGGAGUGUGUCACUUUUACCACAAGGAUACGUGCGACAAGAAUGGGCAGAUACGGGUCUUGAUUUCUUCACUACACAAGAGUUCCAACACUGUUUGGACCGCGUCUGCAACUUUAUGGGUGUGAGUGAUCAACAUAUCCGACAUAACCACGGUGCACAGGUUAUCCUGGAAGGGGCGCGUAAACUUGGCUGGCAUGCAAAGGCUUGUCCGCAAAAUACGAACGGCGCAGAACACUAUUGCGGCAAUUGCUACCACGGCUGCGGCUCUGGCGAAAAGCAAGGCCCAGCUGUAAGCUGGCUUCCCGCUGCUUCACGAGCUGGCGCUCGAUUCGUCGAAGGUUUAGAAGUUUCCAGAAUUCUGUUUGAUAAGAAGCGUGGCUCAAACAGGGCUGUUGGAAUUGUAGGCAAAUGGACAUCGAGAGAUAAAGAUGGCGGUCUCCAAGGUCCCGAGUCUGAGAGAGUACAGCGGAGUAUCAAAGUCAAGGCGAAGAAAGUCAUAGUUUCCUGUGGCUCUCUGCAAAGCCCCUUGCUACUGAUGCGGAGCGGGUUGAAGAAUAAACAAAUCGGCAGGAAUCUCUACCUUCAUCCCACUACGAGCGUCCGUGCAACCUUUGACAAGGACGUUAAGGGGUGGGAAGGUGGUAUAAUAACCUCGGUAUGCACAACAUUUGAGAAUCUCGACGGUAAAGGGCAUGGUGCUAAAAUUGAGACAAACGUCAUGCUCCCCUACGUCUUACUAUAUAACCAUCCUUACGAAAACGGUCUGCAAUGGAAGCUCGACGCGCUUCGUGCUCGUCAGAUGAAUAACUUCAUCUCUAUCGUGCGUGAUCGUGAUACCGGCUACGUGUACCCGGAUCCAGAUGACGGAAGGCCACGCAUCGCUUAUACAACCUCAGCAUUUGACCGUGGCAAUUUGCUCACCGGCGUGGUGGGGAUCGUCAAGCUCUGCUACGUCCAAGGCGCAACACAGAUCUGGACAGGAAUCCCCGGGGUCCCUUCUUUCCAGCGUACAAAGCCCUUGCCCACUGCCACUACCAGUUACGACGAGGCCACCUUCGAUCAGGGCAUCAACGACCCCGAGUUCUCAGCCUGGGUCAAGUUGAUUGAGAAGACUGGGUUAAGCUCGCCGCUGGCGCAGUUCGCGUGCGCGCAUCAGAUGGGCUCUUGUAGAAUGAGUGCGAAACCUCAGGAUGGAGUUGUCGAUGCCAAAGGGAAGGUCUGGGGUGCGCAGAACUUGUAUGUAGCGGAUGCUAGUGUUUUCCCCUCCGCGAGUGGUGUUAACCCUAUGAUCACCAACAUGGGAAUUGCGGAUUACAUUUCUCGAGGUAUUGCGAAUGAAUUGAAGAGUGGUGGGUUGCGGGCUUCACUGUGA